AUGAUCGAAGUCAAGCAGCGACAGACCGCCAAAUUUCUCAAAGAAAAAAUUUUGGAGCUUCUUCAAUCUUACGGUGUCUCCAUUACACAGCUGUUGGCUGUUACCUGCGACAACGGAGCCAAUAUGGUUGCAGCCGUCAAACAGUUACAGAAGCAGUAUGUAGCCGAUCAUCCGUCGCUUGAGGCAUAUGAUGACGACUCUGAUGAUGAUGAUGAGGCUCGCGAAAGACUAAUAGAGGAUUUAAUGGAAGAGCUUCAAAAGUCAGUAAGCCUGAUUAGAUGUGCUGUACAUACGAUGCAGCUUGCUGUAACCGACAUAGUAAAGGCCACGGACGUAACUAUCAAAGAAAUAACUACAAUCGCUAAAAACACAAGGAAAAUCGGAUACAAGGCUAUGUUUGAAUAUAAUAAAAUAUCGGUACCUCCAUUUUACUCCAGAACAAGAUGGAAUGGAGUGUACAAAAUGCUGAACUACUUCAAACAACAUGAAGAGUUCUAUAAAGACAUCGGAAGGCAAUAUCCUGAGCUUGAUCUCACAAAUCAUUGGAAUUAUAUCGACGAGUAUGUUUCCGCUUUUGAGCCUGUUUUUGUAUGCACAAACAAAAUGCAAGCCAAACAUGUUUCACUGAGCGAUUUUUAUGUUCAUUGGUUAAAUACUGUGAUGCAGGUUGGCUUGCUUACCAAUAGCAACUUGGCAAAGUCUUUGGUUCUGUCGUUAACGGAACGGUUAAAACCAUUGAAAAACAACAUGGCAUUCAAAGCAGCACUCCUCGUUGAUCCUCGAUUUAACUACUUAAACUCAAAGACGUUGUCGCCAGAGGACAAAGAGCAAACACGGUCUUUCAUGCUUGCUACCUGGGAGAGAAUAAAACAACUGGAUCCAAAUUCGUCGAAAGAACAUCAGGAUACCGCUCAGCAAUCAAAACCAACGAACUCUUUUGACACAUUUCUAACCAGGUUAUUUGGUGGUCUCCCGCCUGAAAGUGAUCAAAACACGAAACCGUUGAUCCAACAACUGAAUGCUUUGGACUUGGAAGACCACCAAAGCUUUUCGUUCGAUGUGUGGAGUCAUUGGAAGAACCGACUAAAAACCUAUCCUGAGCUUUCCAAGCUAGCACUGGUAUUUCUAUCCGUGCCAUCAAAUCAAGUCAACGUUGAACGGAGCUUCAGUGGAAUGGCACUCACACUUACAGAACGAAGAACGAACCUCUCGGAAGAAAGUUUGGAGAACAUUCUGUUGAUCAAACUUAAUGUCGAUUUGAUCGAUAAGAUCAUACCCGAGAAUGGUUUUCAAUAAGCGGAAAUAUUUGCUUUGACCGAAAAUAACAAAAUAUGAAGAAUUAACAAAUAAUUCCGUUUAUUAAUAUCAUAUUUUGUUCAACUCUUGUGCACCUCUUAUAUAUAAGUUGUUCAAAUGGUUUCUGUUAUUUUCGCAUUAUUAUCUUGAUUUUUUUCUUAUAUUUUAUUAAUGUUUUAUUGCUUUCUAAAUCUCUUGUGCAACGAAUAAUAGAAUUCUGAUUUUUGUUUUUCAUUGAA